CUUUCGAUAUACAGUUUGUUUGUUUCUCCCGGCGUGCCAUAACUAACUAUCGUGCAUUUCUACUUGUCAUCAUUGAGCUCAGCGGCUUGCAUUUCAAAAGUCAUGUUUCGCAACCAGUACGAUAGCGAUGUUACGGUGUGGAGUCCGCAGGGACGUCUCCACCAGGUGGAGUACGCAAUGGAGGCCGUGAAACUGGGAACCGCAACCGUGGGUCUGAAAAAUAAAGAAACCGCUGUACUCGUCGCCCUGUGCAAGCCAACAUCGGAACUGUCGGCCACUCAGCGCAAGAUCAUCCCCAUCGACGAUCAUCUGGGUAUUUCCAUUGCUGGCCUCACGGCUGAUGCGCGUGUCCUUAGCCGGUACUUGCGCUCCGAGUGCCUGAAUUACAAGCACUCGUACGACUCAACCUAUCCGGUCUCCCGGCUGAUCACAAACCUGGGCAACAAGAUGCAGACUACCACUCAGCGCUACGAUCGUCGUCCGUAUGGUGUUGGUCUAUUGGUCGCCGGCUACGAUGAGAGGGGUCCGCACAUCUAUCAGGUCACGCCAUCGGCAACCUUUUUCAAUUGCAAGGCCAAUUCGAUUGGAUCGCGUUCACAAAGUGCACGCACCUAUCUGGAGAAAAAACUGAACGAGUUCCUGGACUGCUCCAACGAUGAUAUCAUCUGCCACGGCAUUCAGGCUAUUCGCAGUACCCUGCCCACGGAUGAGCAUCAAAGCAAAGAGAAUGCUGGCCAGUUUAACAUCACUGUGGCCAUCGUCGGCAAGAACCAGCCAUUUAAAAUUCUCACUGAUGAAGAGGUCAAAAUAUAUCUUGAAAUGGCCAAGCAGAAGGGCAUUCCGCCUAAUCAGCCUAAGGACGACGAUGACGAUGACCACCCAUCCCCGCCAGAGGAACCAGCUGCGGGACCACGCGACCCAGAAGUCCUCGUUGCAACCGAGCAGCGUCCUUAGGCAUUUGUAGGGGUAUGAAACCAUCUAAACCAUUAAAAAUGUAAGAUUGAAGGAUACAAUAAAAUUGUUCAUGCGUUUGCAUAGAUCCUAAAACGAAA